AUGCCCUCUCGCCGCACCCACUCCAAAUCCCACCACGGCUGCGACCAGUGCAAGCAGCGGCGGAUCAAAUGUGACGAGGUCCGCCCAACGUGUGGAUCCUGCCGGAAGAAAACUCUGGCAUGUGUUUUCAAAAGUGUUGGCCCGGUGCUCGCCUCGAAUCUUCCGAACCUCGCUACAGACAUUGUCCGAAGGGAUCAACCGCCUUCGCUUCCUCUACAGGAUCUGGAGCUCAUGCACCAUUGGCACACGGCUACUGUGGAUACUCUGGACAGCGCAAAGCCUCUGCAAGAUGUCAUCCGUAUUGCGAUGCCACACGAGGGUCUGAGGAAUCCCUUUCUCAUGCAUAGUAUCCUGGCUGUCGCCGCGGUUCAUCUCGCACACUCUACCCCGGCCGAUCGUCGACAGGGAUACAUUGAAACAGCAAUGAUGCACCACAACAGAUCUCUCACCCUGUGUGCCCCCUUUGUGAAGAAUAUUACCCGGCAAAACUGCCACGCCCUCUUCGCCUUUUCCUGUCUUGUUCCAAUCUUUGUCUUUGCCUCGCAGACGUCACGGAUGUCGCCCCGCACCCAGAGCCUCGCUGAGGUGGUCGAGACGCUCAAAUUAAUCCGCGGCAUCUCGUCCGUUGUGGAGCAGGCGAGACCCUGGAUCGAAGAGGGUCCAAUGCAUCCUUUGCUACGUGUCGGCAAAUUCCAUCAUCCGAGCGAAGUAGACGAGCAGCAUGCCCAACGUCUGUAUUCGAAGCUCCAGACACUCGAAGAAAAUCUACUUCUUUCGCCAGUGACGGAGGAGUCACUCGCUCGGAGGGAUAUCCCCCGUGAUGCAGUGCAAUGGCUUCGGCAUAUGCUGGAGAUCUAUAUCGACACCGGCGAUUCGAGGGCGCUCAUGGCGUGGCCGGUCCUGGUUGACGCUGCGUAUUUUGACCUGUUGCUCCAGAAGGAACGGAUCUCCGUCCUUAUGCUCGGAUUUUUUGGAUCUUCGCUAGAGGUUCGCCCGCAACGGUGGUGGCUGGAUGGGACAGGGCAGGGCCUGGUUGCUCUUGCUACGGAGAAUCUGUCGCUCGCGGAUCGGGAGAUACUUUCGAGCAAUUUGUCGAUAGCGAAAUGA